ACUGAAUUUUGGAUAUGUCUCAAUUGAAAGUAAACACUUCUUGGAUAUAUCAAAUAGUUUGACGAUGACAUGAAAUCAGUUGUGAUAUCUAGAGAGGAAGCCACAUCAGCCUUACAGCUGCACAUGUAUCUGGUUUUCAUGCGGGUCCUAAUAUCUUGGUUGAAUCAGAAUUUGGAGAUGUCGGUUUUUGUGGAGAGAGGAAAACCAGAGAACCCAGAGAAAAACCCUCGGAGCAAGGCAAGAACUAACAACAAACUCAACCCACAUACAUUGUGUGGCACUGGGUCAGAAUUGAACCAGGGCCACGUUGGUGGGAGGCAAACACUCUCACUGCAGUGCCAUCCCUGCGCCCAUGCCAGAUAAAUAAAAUUAUUCUUAAAACUUAACAGGUUUGUCAAAAUAUGUAAACGAACUUAUACCAAUUUUUUUUAAUUUUUAUUUUUGAUAGGGUCCUGGAUCAUCACUGCCACCAUCUGGAUCAAAGACGUCAUUUGCACGAUCAAUGGGUCUUACAGGGACACCAGUUGGGCAACACUCUUUUGAUGAAGGCAGAAGUGUUUUGGCCAAGUCUUGGGCUGGUCCUGACUCGCACACUGAAGGUUCAAAAUUCCGGCCAGACAGUGCAUCUAAAGCCACUGCCGGCAGAGACUACCCUCGCCCCUGGUUGAGUGGAAGCAAGCCAGCAAAGGGUAUUGAAGCUAUGGACAGAGACAACACAAGGCCACCUCCUCGAAAAGCGCAUACCUAUAAUGAUAACGAGAAACCUCCAUGGAAUGCAAAGACUGCUGUACCAUCUCAUGAUUUUGAUGAGUGGUUCAACAUGCAGCACAGGGCACCCAGGACUGCUGAUGAGGACUUGAGGGACUAUCAAGGAUCUUCCUGGGGAAGGAAUGGAGAAAUUGUAAGUUUUGCUCACUAUAAAUACUUAUAA